AUGGCGGAAUGCGACUGUGACUAUAUCCUGCCAAAUAACAAGGCGUGGGAGCAGCAUUACGAUAAUUGCUCUCAUGUGUGGAGCGAAUGCUCCGGAAUGCCAUGUCCAAAAAACAGAGACGGGUCCCUUCGCCUACCAAAUGGAAACUUGGCGAAAUUGGAGCCAGACGUGAUUUAUCAUCUCGGCCUUGACACCGCCAACUACGAUCUGCCGGCCUUGUUUGGAGAUGUGAAAUUUGUUUGCAUGGGCGGUACGAAACAGAGAAUGAGGGAGUUCGCACAGCACGUGGCGGAAAUACUGAAAAUCGAAAACGUCCCGUUGAAGAAUUUGACGAAACAUUCUCACAGAUACGCCAUGUACAAAGUGGGACCCGUAUUAUCCGUCAAUCACGGCAUUGGGAUCCCGUCGAUGACGGUUCUCCUACAGGAGAUAUUGAAGCUCCUUUACUACUCGAAGGCGAAGAACCCGAUAAUAUUCAGAGUAGGCACGAGCGGUGGUCUUCAAAUACCCCCGGGUUCCGUAGUCAUCUCUUCGUGGGGCCUUAAUGGCACGCUGGAGAAAAGUUACAACAUUCCAGUGCUCGGAAGUAUGCGGAAGUUACCGUCGAUAUUCGACAAGCGUUUGAGUCAGGAGUUGCAGUCUUUGGUGACAGAAAACGAUGGCUUCGAAACAUUCACCGGGGGUACAAUGGCCGCCGAUGAUUUUUAUAGAGGUCAGGCGAGAUUGGACGGCCCCUUCUGCGAUCACACCGAAGAAGAUAAGUUAUCUUUCCUCCGAAAACUAUCCGACAUGGGAGUGAGAAAUAUAGAGAUGGAAGCCACAGCUUUCGCGGCCUACACGAGAGAAGCCGGAGUGCGCGCUGCGGAUGUCUGCGUCACGUUAUUAGAUCGACUGAAGGGAGAUCAGGUGAAAUCAGACAAGGCGACACUGAUACAAUGGCAGCAUCGUCCUAUAACGCUAGUUGCUAGAUACAUUGCCAAAUAUUACGAAGGAAAUUCCACUCAU